UACUACCCUUUUUGCCUAUAUAAAUGCUAGCAUGUAGAGUGAGCAAAUCACUAACACUCUAGCAUUUGGAGACACAAUUUCUGCUGCAAUGGCAUUACGGGAGCUUGUACUGCUGGGGAUAUUGCUACUGGUUUGUGUUGCCAAGGUUUCAUCUGAUGUUAACACAGAAAAAGAAGAACUUCGCUUUCCUGAUGACCCUGUAUCUUACAGUGUGAGUGAGAGACGGAACAAGAGGCUAAUGCAAGACAUAGAUUGUGGAGGGAAGUGCAAAACAAGGUGCGGUGCCCAUUCAAGGCCAAAUUUGUGCCACAGAGCAUGUGGCACGUGCUGUGUGAGAUGCAAGUGUGUUCCACCUGGUACUUCUGGUAAUAGGGAGCUCUGUGGGACUUGCUACACUGACAUGACCACCCAUGGCAACAAGACCAAGUGUCCUUAGACCUUAGCUUCACUCCAAUCUCGUUAAUGCAUAGUGUUCUGCUGUAAGUACAAAUAUCAUCGUAGACCUUGUAUUUCAAGACAUCCCAGUCUUACGAUGUCUUCUUGUUUUUACCUUUUCUAAUAAUGUUAUGCUACUUUUCUUUAA